AUGAAGAACCCGCGGGAGCUCACAGACCGUUCAAAGUAUUGUCGAUUCCAUCGACAACACGGGCACGACACCGAGCAGUGCUACGAGCUGAAAAGACAAAUCGAGGAGCUCAUCCUCAGAGGCCAUCUCGGCCAGUACCUCCGGCCGAACAAGGAGCAGUCUCCCCGCCCAGAGGGCCCCGUCGAGCGACACAUCGAUGUCAUAGCCGGGGGCCCCGCAUCCGGAGGAAGUUCAAUGUCGGGCAGGAAGGCGUACGCCCGGGCCUCUCCCGACGAAGCCUCGGGGCACGGACCCGAGCCCGAGAUCACCUUCCCAACCGGAGCUGCUGAGCGACCCGACCACGACGACGCCCUAGUGGUGUCGGCCAGGGUAGCCAACGCGCAAAUGAGGAGAAUCAUGGUCGACACGGGGAGCUCGGCCGACAUACUCUACUUGGGCGCCUUCCAGAAGCUGGGCCUAGCCAGGAAAAAUUUAAGCCCGAUGUGCUCGGCGCUCACCGGCUUCAUGGGGGAUUCAAUAUCGCCCCUGGGAGCCAUUACCCUGCCUCUGACUCUGGGGACCCCGCCGAAAUCGAAGACCGUGAUGACCACUUUCCUGGUGGUCGACCUUCCCACCGCUUAUAAUGCCAUACUCGGUCGGCCAACCCUCAACAAGGUCAGAGCCGUCGUCUCGACCUACUACCGGACCGUCAAAUUCCCGACCCAUGAGGGGGUCGGGGAAGUCGCCGGAAGCCCUCAAGAGUCCAGGCGCUGCUACCUUACCUCCGUCUCAUUGGGCAAAAGAGCCAGGGGAGGGGCGCCCCUAGAAGAUCCCCGGGAAGCAAAGAAGCCGACCCCUCAUCCUGAGCCGAGGGGGUCCACCGUUGACGUCCCUUUGCGGGAAGCACGACCGGAUCAGACGGUCAAGGUCGGAUCAGAGCUGCCCGAGCGGGAACGAGAGCAGCUCGUCGGUCUUCUGCGGGAAAAUGCCGACAUCUUCGCCUGGUCCCCAUUGGACAUGAGGGGAGUCGAUCCGAAGGUCGCGGAGCAUCAUCUCAAUAUCCCGCCUGACGCUCGCCCGGUGAAGCAAAAGCCCCGGCGUCACGCACCUGACCGACAACGCGCCAUACAAGAGGAGGUGGACCGACUCUUGGCGGCAGGCUUCAUAGAAGAAGCCAAGUAUCCCCGGUGGUUGUCCAAUGUAGUUCUCGUGAAAAAACACAAUGGAAGCUGGAGGAUGUGCGUUGACUACACUAGCCUCAACAGUGCAUGUCCAAAAGACUGCUAUCCCCUCCCGAAGAUCGACCAGCUGGUCGACGCGACAGCGGGGCACGCACGCCUCUCUUUCAUGGACGCCUAUUCAGGGUACAACCAGAUCAGAAUGGCGCCCGACGACAGAGAACACACGGCUUUCCUCACCGAUCAAGGGAUAUACUUCUACAAAGUCAUGCCGUUCGGAUUGAAAAAUGCGGGAGCCACGUACCAGAGGACGGUAAACAAGAUGUUUGCCCAUCAAAUCGGGAGGAACAUGGAAAUCUAA